AUGAAUGAUCCAUCAUUUACAAAACUUGAUGAAGAAGAUUUACGACACCUAUUUGAACUAUGUGUAACAAAUAUGCCUUUCCGAUUUUAUGAUGAUCUAUAUCAACAAACAGAAGGCGUCAGCAUGGAAUCACCAUUAGCUCCAACAUUCGCCGGUCGUUUUAUGACUCGUAUCGAAUCAAAAUUAGAACAAUAUGAAAACAAAGAUAAAAUUAAAACCUAUUAUCGUUAUGUAGAUGAUACAUUUAUAAUUAUGAAUGAAAAAGAUAAUGAUACUGAUAAAUUAUUGGACUAUGUUAAUUCUUUACAUCAAAAUAUUAAAUUUACUUUAUUUCGACCCUUUCGACAUGAAAAUGGAGCUUACCCAUAA